AUGUCCAGCUCCAAAGAGGAAGUAGGAGCUCAACCGGAGAAGGUAUCUUCCGAUCGAGGUGGUCGUGAAGGGCACCUGGCGAGAGCUGCUCCUGCACGGGUCAGCUUUACAGAGAGCUUGGUCGGCAAGCUCCCCGUGGGCUCUCGGUUUGAGAUUACGGGCCCUGGCACAAGUGCGCCUGCCGCUGACGACGCCGCAUCAGCAGCGACACAUGACGCAACCAGGAGUACGGUCAGCACGAUACGGGGUGGCCCUGAAGGUGUGGCCGGACCAACUACUCCACAGGCAGCACCCGGUACUUCCGAAGCGGGACCCAGUACGCCCGAAGACGCCCUCAUGGCGUCUCUGCAUGUCAAAUUCAGCGCCAGUACGCGCUUUAAUGCCUCGGAUGCAGGCAGCUUGCCGACGGGCGCAGGGGCUGAAGCCAUGGCCACCGGUCUUCCGCGCACCUUUCAGCUCCAGCAGCAGCCGUCCCGCGGUCGCCGCCGGUCGGCUGGGUCGUCGCUGCUGGAUCCGGACCAGGAAGGCCCCAUGGGCGGCAUCAUGCGGGUGCUAUCCGGCCGCCAAAGGCCAGUUCCUAUUGACCCAAAGUCCGCCAACCUCACUGCCAUCCCAGGCCAAGCCUGCCAGGCCAUUAGCUCUGGGCCAAUCACACAUUUCCCAUUCCCUUCGGCCCAUAGGCGUAGCCGUAGUGCCGACAUUAGCUCCCCGCGGCGCAGCAGCGCCGGUAGCGGCCGUGGCGGCAGCCCUGUCGGUGGCUCGGCUCGGACAAGCCGCGACGGCAGCGAGGAAGGCGGUAGGCGCGGCGGCCGCAUGCCGUCAUCGCGGCGCCGCCGCCGUCCCUCCCCCGCACCUUCUAGCGGGAACGUCAGCGACGGAGACGGCAGCCGGCAGGGUCGCUGGUCGCUGGGACUAGGCGCGACAGCGCUGUGGAGCCUGCUUGCCGGUGGCAACGGACCGUUGCCUGGCAAGGGGCUUCAGCGCUCACAGUCUCUACCAAUUGGCCGUUACGGCCAAAGCGGGUCGGCUCGACACCGGCGCAGCGGCAGCUUCGGCAGCCCGUUUGCCGAGCGCAUGAUCUGGAUGGAAGGCGUUGACAGUGACGGCCGAGCCUCAGGCAGCGCCCACCGAAGCCGUAGCCUGCAGCGGGGUAGCAGCCGCAGGCAUAGCGGGGACCCGGGCGUGGAGGCCGAAGGCGGAGCGCUUCACUCCCCGUUCCGGCGGCGCAGGAGCCGCAGCCGGAGUCUGAGCCGUAGCCUUAGCCGCGGGGAGCCAGCGCAAGAUGCGGAGCAUGAGCAGCGCAGAUCGGGCUGGGAGAGGCGGCGUACCCGGCCGCAGGUGCCGCUGUUCUCCACGACCGGCCGGGAGCAGCGCGGCUCCCUGGAGGGAAGCGAAGGUAGUCUCCAUGCACGGCGGAGCCACAACCCUCUGCCCAGGUCGCACAGUGGCGGCCGUCCGCCGGAGCCAAGUUCUGGCAGGCAGGUUGGGGUCGGGGGAGUCGCCCGUGCCGCUGGGCCGCGGGCCUUGGAGCACACCGCGGGCAUCUUCCGCUGGUCCAGGAUCUUUUCAAGCUGCAGGGCAGCCCACAGCAGCGCUGCGGCCCAACCCGUCCGUGAGGCGCUUGGAGCUACGGCGGCCGUCUCAGCUGCAGGUCCGCCGCGGGCGUCCUUCGCAACCGCCAGCAGGAGCGGAUCUAUCGCUCCGCAGGCAUCUCACGCGGGCUCCUUGCCCAGUCUGGCCUUCGUGCCAUCACCCACCAUUCGGCAGCAAGGGGGCCCCGCCACGCCUUCACGCAACCUGCCACCGAAUCCCCAGCAGCUGCAGCUGCAGCCAUCGCUGCUGCAGAGGACACCCUCUCCAGAGAGGAGGGCUUCGCCGCUGCAGCGACUCACGCCCACACCAUCGCUCGGGCGGCAGCAACCAGGUUUGCAGGCGCGAGGCUGUUUUGGCGUGAAGUAUGAAUGCGUCGCUGGGAGCGGCAGGGGUCUGAGGGCAGAAACCAAAGGGGGCGGCAGCGGCGCAGUAGCAGCGGUGGAGACGGCAGGGGUCAUGGUUUCGCGCGGAGCCGCUCGGAGGGGCGUCGGUCCUUCGCGGCCCAGCGCAGGCAGGGCGCGCAAGAUGUCCGGCAUAUCCCAUGCGGAUCCCUGGGCUGAAGGGGCCCCGGCCAGCGGCCAGCCGUCCACAGGCAAACAGGAAGGUGGCGCCGGCGGCGCACGCACCUACCGCUUCAUGAACUGGCUUCUGGCCGUCCGACGCCGGCUUGGCGGCACCGAAACCUCUUCCCCAGAGAGGCCCACAGCGUCGCAGUCUCAGCUCUCUGGCGAAGGGGCUUCAGGUGCCAGCGUCACUCCACCUUCCGCCUCAUUCAUAGAGCAUGAGCUACCCGAGGCUCCUAGCCCUGCCGCCGACGUCACUUCCCAACGGGUUGCUGCAGCCGCCGCUGGUACGGCGGCUGCGGCGGUACCGCCACCGUCGGCAAGCAGCCCUGUUUUAACCAAGGCCACGUCAUCACGUGCACAGGGUCCCUCAAUGGCGUUCAUGGAUGCGGCAGCAGCAAGGGGGAGCAGCCCGGACCCCAGCACCGCACGUCCCUCGCCACCGCUACCGUCGUUGGAUGUGCGGGACAGCCCUUUGAUGCAGAUCCGGCCAUCGCCGCGCUCCUCGCCGCCCUUGGACCACUUGCGACCACAAGACCGAGUCCGGCCGACGCCGCUCAAGGUUUCGAGCGAUCCACGCACGCCGGUACUGCAGGCCAGCGCUCCGCAAGGUGGAGGUGCUGAUGUUGCGGCAGCUGCAGUGGUGGCGGUAGCCUCAGCUGGCGGGCCGGCAACGGCAACGGCUGGUGCUGGGAGAGGAAAGAUGCCGGCCGCGGCGGCUGGCGGCAGUGGGCUGACAGAGGGUGGCACCCCGGAGAAGGCCCGGAAGGGCGGCUUGUCGCAGCUCGCGGGUUUGCUGGGCGCCAUGAUGAGGUUUCGCUCUCCAGGCAAGGACACGGCCAGUAAAGAUAGGCCAUCUAUCGCCACCACUGCCGCGUCACCGCCACCGCCGCCCGCAUCCAACGCCAACGCACCCGUCCAGGGCGCGACCAGAGAGCACCCCCAGCCCGCUUUUCCUCCGCCCCGCCCACCCACGACAACCGAUGACGGCUCCACUCAAGACCCACCGAAAUCCAGUACCGGGCCAGUUUCGGUCAUGCAGUCGGCGUUCGCUGGUCAGGGGCAGGUUGUCUUCACGGACGAAGACGCCGCUGCCGCUGAUGAGGGUGAUGGGCAGCACCCCAAGCCCUCGAGGCGCAGGAGCCGCCAUGGCCGGACUAAGAGCGACCAGCCGCAGCGUAAUAUGGCUCCAAGCAGGACCCGUCCUGCCACCGCCGGAGCUGCUGCCAUCGGAGCUGCCGGUGCUGUUGCCAGGAGCACAGGAGCCCGGCCCGCAUCGGCUGGCGCUGCCCUGGGUGCCGCCAGCCGCUCGCCCGGUGCAGUAAUAAUCUCCCCGACUGCCGUGCCUGUGGGCCGGUCGGUGUCACCGCUAGGGCGCAGCAUGGCGGCCGCCAGCGCUGGCGGUGCUGGCGGCUUCUCCCCGGGUCCCGCAGGCGGGGACCCCCGGACGGCUCCGGUGAUCAUGAUCGCCCCGCUGGCCGACGCGAUCCCUGGCCGGGCGCUGAUUUCGCCGUUACGUGGAGCCAGGCCCGGAUCGUCCAUUGUUAAAGUUGCCACUGCCAUCGCCCGCAUCGGCGAGCCCAUCGGUGUUGCCAAUCUCGACGGUCCCAGUAUCAUGCUGGCUCAUGACAGGCACCCAGGUUUUACCUCCACGCUGCGCCCGGCACCAGGCCAACUGGCACAUCCUCUGCUGCAGCCGUCUGGUGCGGAGCUGCCGUUCCGCGGUCCGCAGCUGCCUGCACCCCGCCACAGCGGCUUGCAUGUCGACCCCAUCCGCUUCCCCGCCCCCGCCCCCGCUCCGCUGGUACGACCUGCCCUAGACGCCGACGGGCUGCCGCUGCCAGGGUUGGCUGGGGCCGCCGGGGGACAGGGGGCCGUCUUACCCGGUGCCACCUUCACGAGGCUGAUGGCGAGGGCGGCAAUCGGUGAUCCACGGCUGGAAAUGCAGCAGCGGAUGAAGCUGUUGCGUGUCGAGAGUUUUCUUCCGACUAGUGACACUCUGAACCUGCAGCAGCAACAGCGGCAACGGGAGCAGCUCUUAGGCCGGGACGAGGCGACGACAGCGGCUGCGGCGGCGGUAGGGGGCGCCGGAGCCGGUGCUGGCGGACCCAUGGACGCCUGCUUCACCUCACCCACGCAAUUCACGUACCUGCCCGGCACCGGUCAAGUGCCGUCUGCCCCGCCAGGACCAGGCGCCUACCGCAGGCACCGGCCCUUGUGGCUGGGCCAUAGGCCAGCCGAGAAAAUGCCGACCCUGCAACGGCCCGCACAGCCGGCCCUGCUCCAACCCGAGAUGCCGUACGGCCCGGCGGCAGCGCCGCCUCCUUCUCGGUCAGACACUGGCCCUGGCUUUUGGGCAGCUGGGCAAGCGGCGCCGGCAGCACAGCACCAGCAGCAGCAGCAGCAGCAGCCCGGAAGCUUCUUGACGGGAGCUGGCAGGAGCCACGCUGGCGACAACAGCAGCAGCCUGGCGUCUUCCAGCACCGCCAACUCGCUCCGGGAGAUCCAGCCGGCGCUUGCGCUGGAGCUACGGCGGCGGGAGCUGCUCGACCCGUACGGUCCAUACGCUGCCUCGGGCCCUGCGGGCGUCUCUGGCGUGACUGUGCGGGGCCUGAAACGCACGGUGACCGCAGGUCCCCAUGUCAAGCUGCUUAAGCCGCGUCAGCUGCUGCGGAACCUUCAGCCGCCCGGACCCACUCCCGCGUUCACCCGCCGGCAGCAUGUGCCUCCAGCAGAGGCCCACCUGGAGGUACUGGACGAGCGCGAGGACCCGCCGGCCGCGUCAGAUGGCACGGCUGGCGGACACGCGCCACAAAUUCACCCCAGUCAGUUCCCGACGACAGCGCAGCAGCCCACUGGUAGCGAGCAAGGAAGCUCAACGUCUGCACAGGCGAUACCGCAACAAGAGCCGCCACCAGCGGAUGCACAGCAGCCAGUGGACGGAAACGGCCAUAGACUGCCGCAACCUCGGGAAGCCUGGAGCAGCUCUCAUCAGCAGCAGGAAUGGGGAGGCAUCUCAGCGGGCUGGGCUCCGCCGCCAGCUGUCCUGCUACGGCCGGCAGAGGGGAGCAUUGCGGUGCCGGCCGUGAGGACGCUGACUGCCGCACCGCUGCCGGGAGCCGGCCGUAGCCCACCGCGCCUGCUCCGGCUGCCGCAGGGCCCCGCGGACCAUCAGGUCACCAGGAACCACACGCACUCGGCCCUUCCGAAGGGGGCGGAAGUGGAUGAACCCCGCUACCUCAACGUCAGGCUGAUGCGAGUCUUGGAGCCCCGGCCAAAGUCACCUUCCGACCCUCUGCCGGGUGAGGCACCUGCCCCGGGACUGCCCAUGCGCAAGUUGCGGGCGCUGGAGCGGCCAGAGGGGGAGCUACCGGGAAUUACCCCCGCGGGCACUGCCGGCCGCACCGAGCGCCUACUGGGAAUGCUGCGCCGAGUGGAGGAUCGUACACGGCCUGUAACAGGGUUAUACGCAGGUGGCCCACUGGGCCAACGUGUCGGCCUAUUCGAUGGCACUGCAAUGCCACUGAUGGACGCCAACGCUGCAUCGGAUGCGGCUUCAAUGACCGCGGCGGCUUCGCAGUGCGCGCCGGCUACGGAGGCCGCAACCUCAGCCGCACCCGCUGACCCGACUUCAUCACAAAGCUGUCCUCCUGAACGCCCUCGGCAGCACCCGCAGCACCCGCAGCACCCGCAGCAGGCCUCCGUCUUCCCUGUGGCCAAGUCAAAGACCUCCCCGCAGUCCCCAGGACCAUCAUCGCCACAGCAGCUCCUGCCGCCUCGUGGCUCUACCGACAUGGCCACACAAUCCGCUCUGGCCCAACCCACGAUCGAUAUCCAUGUCCACAGCACCACCACCGCCAUCACUAGUACCUCCGCCGGCACCGCACCGGGCGCCACGCCGCCUCUCCCUGCCUCUGUCUACGGGUAUCCAGCAGCGCCAUUAUCACCGCAACGACAGCAUCAGCAACCUUGUCCACAGCCGGACCCACAGCUCUGCCAAGUCCCUGUGACCGCCCCUGCUGACCUGGGGGCGCUGGCUGGGCUGUCGGCUCUGAGCCAGCUGACGGUGCUCGCGUCGCUGUCGCAGCUAGGAGCGGCCGUAGGGGGCCUACCUGGCGUGGAGGACCCCUCGCUGUGGCCGGACCUCCUGGAGACAACCCCCGAGUCGCUGCGCCAGGUCUCCGAGAACACCGUCGCGCGCUGGCGCCAGCAGCGGGCCGCCUUGGCGCAACCCGACAUGGCCGCCUUGCGCGAUAUGGACCCAGCAUUGCAGUUGGAGCCAACCCAGAUGCUGGGGCCAGGGCCUCUCGGGGAGGCCCAGCAUGCCCUGCGCCACGGUAGAAGCCAGGGCGGCGGCGGCGGCGGCGGCGGCGGCGCCGGGCCCAUGCCCGGGGGCCCGUAUCCCGGUGGUCCUGGGGACGUGCCGCGGGACGAUUCCCCGGGGAAAUGGUUGGUCAGCCGGUCUGUGGACGGCACGGUGCUUGCUAUCAGUCCCACAGCAAAGGCUGAGCAGGAAGGAGGGCAUGGAGGCGAGUUGGGGUCAGCGGCGAGGGAACGGAGGCGGCGAGAGAGAGAACGGGGUCAGCGGAGGCGGCGGCAGUCGGGCCCCGGUGAAGCAGGGUUUCGGGGGAAGGAGGGUGGGGGGGAAAGCGAGGGCAGGAGGCAGAAGGGAGAUAAAGAGGAAAAUCGGAAGAAGGGGCUGCAGAGGAGAGCAGGAGGGUCGGGCCGGCACCGCAAGCGGGCGAGCUCCUCUGGGGGCGACGCCAUCUCGGACAGCGGCAACAGCGAGUACAGGAGCGGUAGGAGCACCAGCAGCAGCAGCAGCACUAGCAGUAGCGAGGGCAGUGACGGGAGCCGCGGUGGCGCACGACACGGUGCAUCCGCCCCGGGUGCGACGGCCGCCGGCGCACCUGAGAACGGCGAUAAUGAUGGUGGCGCAGGGCCCCCAGCCCCUCCCGCUACCCGGCCAGAACCCGGCGACGAUUUCGGACUGGACGUAGCGGAGAGGCUGCUGCAUCGGAUGGCAGGAUCGGAGAUGCGGUCAUCGCGGCGAGGUAGCCGCAGUGACGCCAUGGCGGCGGACCGCUUACAGCAGCAGCAUCGGCCUCCGCCCGCUGUAGCCGCCACGGGCUCUGGCGGUACCGACAGCGGGGAGCCCCUGGCUGGCAAGGAAGCACCUGGCGGCGUAGGAGUCGUAACGGGGCUUGAGGAUGCCGGGUUAGCGGCCAGCCGGGGACUAUCACCUGCCGUGUUAGGCCAUGGCCCCACCGAUCCAAGGCACGGCAGCUCCCCGCAUGCUAAGAUGGUGGACGUGCUGCGUGGGCCGGAGACGAAUCGCAGGGCUCAGGAGAUCCUGGACCGCCAUUCCGCCUUACGCGCCAAGUACCUAGCUGCGGCUGAUAACCUUCGAGCCGCCGUAUUGGCUAGCUCGACGGCUGGACAGCAAGGUACCCCCCCAGCGACGCAAGACGUCGGCAAUGCUGGUGGCGGAGGCGGCACGAGUCCUGGGAGCCAGGGGUCCCGACUCGGCCCCGAGCCGACACGGAGUCGGGUAGCUGCAUUAGCAACUGCGAGCGCCCCAACAGCGCAGCCCGGGGCCCCUGGCGGCAGCCUUCCGGUGGCCUCCGCGGGGUCGGCGCCGCAGGUGGCGACAACAGAUCCGCAGCAGGGGCAGCAGGGGCAGCAGGCCAUAAAUAUCUACUGCACCCAGCUGGUGCUCAACCCCGGUCGGGGCCCCAUCACAGUCCCUGGCCUGCCCGCCUACUAUCCUGCGCCAGGGCCUGCAGCCUGGGCGGGUGUGCCGGUCGCGGUGCCCUCGUCUCCGCCCGCCUACCCCGGGCCGCACUACGUUCACCCGGGCCCUACCUCCCCCUCCGGUGCUGACCUGAGAGAGCAACGCCCGGUAUAUGUGUGCCCAAGCAGCCAAGCCGCGCUUCGGCCGCAUCCGCCCGCAGUGAAGGUGUUGCACACGGGUGCCGCAGUGUGGGUGCCGCCAAACGGUGGUGCGGAACUGAGAGCGGCGGACGACGGCCGCGGAGCUGCCGCAGCCGCCUCCACCGCCGUCGGCAAUGCCAAAGACCGGCUGGGUGCAGUCGUCACCGAAAAUGAGAUGCCUUCCUUAGGAGCCAGCCCUCACCCUGGACGCAGCAGCAGCAGUGGCGGUGGCGGUGGCGGUGGCCCGUUAUCGGAUGCGCCCACAGUCUCCGGAAACCGCGUCACACCGGGCAAGCGUCUCGUCCGUCGGGUGAUUGGCAGUAAGAGAAUUUCGCAUGACACGUCUGGGGGCAUCGUGGUGCUGUCCCGGGAGGGGGAUGGCGGCCGCCGACCUUCCGACCCGACUUCGUCCAACAGAUCUUCAUUCGCGACUGUGGCAGCGGAAGAAGAGGAGGGCGAGGCCGAAGUAGGCGAAGGGAGGGAUCAGGUGGAGGAGCAGCAAGGGAAGCGAGGUGAAACGGCACUGCAGGCGUUGCCCAGGGGGCCGUCUGGUGGGGUGGUGUCGCAGGGCAGCGCAGCAGAUGGGGAGGUGCUGUCCCUAACCGGGUCCAAACCUGGAUCCUUAUCUGGAUCUGGAUCGAACAGGGAAGGGGGGGAAUCUGAGGCGCAUGUGCGCGGGGCUGGGCGAGAAGCUGGCGAUGCCUCGCGAGUCGCAGAGGACAGCUCCGGCUUUGGGGAGCAGCUUUCGGCACCACCGCCAGAGCAGCAGCAGGUCAUGCCGCCACCGCCACCGCCACCGCCACCGGCACCUCCACGGCAGGUGGCGCUGGCCGCGGAACUGACGCAGCUGAUCCUGGAGGCCUUCCAGCAAAGCGGUGGAGUAAUUCUGCCGGAGGGUACGGAGGCGCCGACAGGGCCGCCACCUCCAGGAGCCAGCGGCGGCGACGACGGCGUCACAUACACUGGCCGCGGCCCCGCGGGUCCCGCGUACCUAACUGACGCAUUCGGGGGCACAGUGAACUCCACUGCGGCGGGGCCCUCCCAACGUCCCACACACCCCAGUGCCCUCUCGCAAUCCACCUUCCUGCCGUCCACGCUGCCCAACACCGCCGUGCCGCGUGGAAAAGGCCCCACCUUCUUGCAAGUACGGGAUAUCGAGAUGGAGGGGUUGUCCGGUGGCCGCGAUGGUGCCGGCAUGGCGGCGCUGGCGGCGGGCUUCCAGGGCGGCAUGGCCGAUUGGGAGGCGCAGCCCAUUGCGGUGUUACGGGGCCGGCAGCCCGGGGGGCCGGCGCCUCCUGCCGCAAUGGGCCCGGGUGGCGGAGGCGAACCACAGACGCAGGUGCAGGGACCUGGGAUGCGCAGCCCUGGUCGCGGCCUGACGGCGGCGGAGGUUUUGGCGCUGAAGCCCAACCCCGAGCAGCAGCGCCGGCUGGCGGCACUGCAGCGCCUGCGUGCGCGGCAGGAAGCGGCAGUGGCAGAACGGCGGGCACGCUACCAGGCAGGUCUGCAGCACUUCGCAGAUCCCACCAAACAGCUUCGGCCAUUGUUUCUGCCGCUGCCGGAGUACCAGAUGCCGGCGGGUGCCGGCGCCGGCGGAGGUGACGGUGGCUUUGGUGUUGGCGCCGGUGGUGAAGGCCCAUGGUAUGCCUCCGGCAGCCGGAAUGUGGCAUUGGGUAGGCGGCGUAGCUUGUUUUCGGGCGAUGAGACCCGCGGGUCAGUCUUCCCGGUCCCGGUGCGCCAAGCCUACCUGACGAGGUCGAGUUUGGAGCAGCAGCCGCGCACACGCAGCCCUCGACAGCAGCGCAUGCACGCGGAGGUGAAGCGGCGGCGGUGGAGCAGCCGACGCGAGGACGCUGCCGUACUGCCACCGCAGGUGGCGGCGAUGAUACAGCACCAGCACAACUUUACAAAUCGGGUCCGCAGCGCCAUGCACCCGUCCGCCGACGCUGCCGGCUGUGAAUGGGGUUUCGGAGCGGACCAUGGCGAGGGGGACCAGGGGGAAGACUGGGAUGAUGAUGGCGACCCGCUGGGACCUGAGACGGAAUGCGGCGGCUGCAACUUCCCCGGGUGCCCCGUGCAUGGCAGCGGAGUGGAACGAGGCGGCGAAACACCCACGGUCCACACCGGCACGCGUGUCGCACGGCGUAGCGCGCAGCCAUUGCGAGCGGCAGGGAAGCGUCCCGCUGUGGCCGGGAGUUCCGCCGACGGCGUGAUUGGCAGCCGUGCGGUGGAGGGGGAGGAGCGGACGGCCGAGGCGGCCGGGCAAGGGCGGGGAGAGGAGGAUGCGGAGGAUGCGGAGGAGGCGCGGCAGCGUGUCCAGCGGGAGAUGCAUCGGGCUGCACUGCUGGAUCGGUGGACUGCGGAGAUGCGGACACUGGGUGCCGCCAGUGCCCGAGUGGAGGCCACACAGAAGGUCGCUGUAGCUUCCGUGCAGCAGGCCCUGGCCGCCCGCCGCGAGCGCCAGGCUGCGGAGCUGGCUGACAUGUUCCGGCUCCUGGGGGAGGUGGACGAGCUGGCUAGCACCCUGGAGCAGCAGACCAGCGAUACCAAGAAGAUGAUGCAGGUGCUGGAGGAAGAGGCGGAACUGCGGCGAGUAUCCCGACUCAACUCGCUGCUAUUGGAGGCCAGAAGGUUAGGCGGCCAGCCUCGCGCCCUCGCAACAAGCUCGACAGAGCGCGUCUAUGUAAACUUCCACAUCUAUAAGACACGUGCAGCCAUGGCGGUACGGCUACUGCCGCCCAGCUUCACGACCGAGAACGGUUACAAGACCUUGGAGCGCGAUGGCGUGAUGCUGCUGGAGUUUGCAAACGCCAAUCCCGGGCAGCCGUCCGGGACAGCCCCAGCGGCGGGCGGAAUCAAUCGCACCUACAACUGGUCCAACAAGAUUUCCUUCGCACUGUCCCCCUCGGAGUUGGGUACCAUGCUGGCGGGUGACGCCAUUGCCUCAGACAAGGGGCUGGUCAUGUAUCAUGACCCGACCAAGUUGGGCAAGGUUGGGGAGCCUAUGAAGCGGCUCACCAUGAAGCAGAUGCCGGAUGGUGCCAUCUCCUUCAGCCUCAGCGCCGCGCCCGACAACAUUUCUUUGCCAGUCAGCCGGGGGGAGUUUGAGGUACUCAAGAGCCUGGCGCAUUAUGCAAUUCCAAGGCUGCUGGGCUUUGAUGCUGCAUUUCAAUGA